AGUCCGGCCGUCCUCGUCCUCGGACGGGUGGGGAGUGAGCGUCCUGUCAGCCUGGUGCCAGCGCAGAGGUCGCACUCCUGUCAGCCUCGCGCUCACAGAGGCUUCUCCUGAGCACCGACUCCACGGACUCGCCGUCCGCGCGGCGCCGGAGGACACCUGAACUCGGAACCAGGAUUGGAAGGGCCACGCACGGAGAGACGCCUGCCCCAGGAGAGGCCUGGAGCGACUUCUCCAAGACCUCGCUGUCCGGCCUCGGCUCCUGCCUUUCGCCCGCUCUCCCCUCCGGAGCUUCGGCCUGGGACCUCCGCACUUGGGGUCGCGGGCGACUUAGGGUGCGAGGGAGCGGAACUUUGCCUCACCGGGCCGCUGGGAGCCCAGGGCGGCUCAGGCGCGGGGUCGCAAGGGCAGGGGGGGCGGAGCACCAGGCGGAGCCGGCGGGGAGCCCCACCCCUCCCGCGCGGCCGCCCUCCACUCCCCUCCCCGCCCCUGCCGAGAUGGGCGUGUGGUCCGUAGUGCCUCCCGUGGCGUCUAGCUUUGCGACCGGGAGAGUUCCAACGCACGCAGCCUGUUUCCCGGGAACCCUCCCCGGUCGUGGGCCCCAAUUUCACGCAGCCUUCCACGACUCCGAGAACGUUCUGACACCCUCGGGGAACGCUCUCUGCUGCACGACUCGGUACGGGGACCGCUCUUCGCACCCCUUGUUGCUGGGGCAGAGCGACGGUGGGAAGCAUGCGGGACUACGACGAGGUGACGGCCUUCCUGGGCGAGUGGGGGCCCUUCCAGCGCCUCAUCUUCUUCCUGCUCAGCGCCAGCAUCAUCCCCAACGGCUUCAAUGGAAUGUCAGUCGUGUUCCUGGCCGCCACCCCGGAGCACCGCUGCCGAGUGCCCGACACCGCGAACCUGAGCAGCGCGUGGCGCAACCACAGUAUCCCGCUGCGGCUGCAGGACGGUCGCGAGGUGCCUCACAGCUGCCGGCGCUACCGGCUGGCGGCGAUCGCCAACUUCUCGGCACUGGGGCUGGAGCCGGGGCGCGAUGUGGAUCUGGAGCAACUGGAGCAGGAGAGCUGCCUGGAUGGCUGGGAGUUCAGCCAGGACAUCUACCUGUCCACCAUCGUGACUGAGUGGAGUCUAGUGUGUGAAGAUGACUGGAAGACGCCCCUCACCUCCUCCCUGUUCUUCCUGGGUGUGCUCUUUGGCUCCUUCGUGUCCGGGCAGCUAUCAGACAGGUUUGGCAGGAAGAAUAUCCUUUUUGCGACCAUGGCUGUGCAAACUGGCUUCAGCUUCCUACAGAUUUUCUCCAUCAACUGGGAGAUGUUUACUGUGUUAUUUGUCAUCGUGGGCAUGGGACAGAUCUCCAACUAUGUGGUGGCCUUCAUUCUAGGAACUGAAAUUCUUGGCAAGUCAGUUCGUAUUAUAUUCUCUACGUUAGGAGUGUGCACAUUUUUUGCAGUUGGCUACAUGCUGCUGCCACUGUUUGCUUACUUCAUCAGAGAAUGGCGGAUGCUGCUGCUGGCGCUGACGGUGCCGGGGGUGCUGUGCAUCCCCCUGUGGUGGUUUAUUCCUGAAUCUCCCCGGUGGUUGAUAUCCCAGAGAAGAUUUAUAGAGGCUGAAAAUAUCAUCCAAAAAGCUGCAAAAAUGAACAACAAAGCGGCCCCGGUGGUGAUUUUUGAUCCUAUGGAGCUGCAGGAACUAAAACUCCCAAGCCAGCAGAAAAUUCUCAUUCUCAGCCUGUUCAGGACUCGGAACAUUGCCACAAUUACCAUUAUGUCUUUGAUGUUGUGGAUGCUUACCUCAGUGGGUUACUUUGCUCUGUCUCUCAACGCUCCUAAUUUACAUGGAGAUGCCUAUUUGAACUGUUUCCUCUCUGCCUUGAUUGAAGUUCCAGCCUACAUUACAGCCUGGCUCCUGUUGCAAACCCUGCCCAGACGCUAUAUCAUAGCUGGAGUACUGUUCUUGGGAGGAGGUGUGCUUCUCUUAAUUCAACUGGUACCUGAAGAUUACAACUUCUUGUCCAUUGGUCUGGCGAUGUUAGGAAAGUUCGGAAUUACCUCUGCUUUCUCCAUGCUGUAUGUCUUCACUGCAGAGCUUUACCCCACCCUGGUCAGGAAUAUGGCUGUGGGGGUUACAUCCAUGGCCUCCAGAGUGGGCAGCAUCAUUGCUCCCUACUUUGUUUACCUCGGUGCGUACAACAGAGUUCUGCCCUACAUCCUCAUGGGCAGCCUGACUGUCUUGAUUGGAAUCAUCACCCUCUUUCUCCCUGAAAGUUUUGGAGUAACUCUACCAGAGACCUUAGAGCAGAUGCAGAAAGUGAAAGGGUUCAGACUUAGGAAAAACACAAGAGAUUCAACGGAGAAAGAAGAAAAUCCCAAAGUUCUCAUAACUUCAUUCUGAUAAAAUUUCCACCCCAUUUGGUGACCUGAAAAACAGAUGCAUAAGACUCUAUGAAGAAACCAAAGUCUUUCCUGAUGAAAUGGACCAACCCUAAGGAUUAACACUAAGAUGACUUUGCUGUUGAGAAAUGCUUGUCACAUAGCAAACUCCAAGCCACUCUUCCAGAUAAUCCCCUUAUUUUAAAAACAAACCAUUUCUAGAUAGUCCACCUUCCUAAUUAAUUCAAUGAAAUGGGUUCAUAAGAUUUUUUUGAAAAAUGCAUUGGUCAAGGACUGGUAAAUUCAUACAAAGAUGAACCUUCAUUUUCAAACAUACAAAUACUAUUCAAAUAAAAAGAAUGUCCUUGUAUUAACACAACUAUUAGGUGAUAACAGUAUAUGUGUGUAUGUGUAUAAGUGAACUAGUACAUUCAAAAUGAGAGUAAUUUUUGAAGUGAACCUAUAUAUUGCUGUAACUAAAUGAUUAUAUGCAGUAUUCCUAUCCAGAGAAUUUCAUACAAUCCUUUGAGGGGAAUUGAUGGCAGAUAUCAAUAGUGUUUUACAAGUGAAACACAGUAAGAGAUCAAGAAACCUUGAUAUGUGGCUCAUAUGACCUGUUGGCCUUUACGAAGGAAACCAAGACAGUUCCCUGCUAAAAUUCAGCGGCUGUACUCACAGUGUUUUGAAUGGUCUGUAUUUGUUGUGAUCUUUUGAGGCUCAUGAUUGAACUUUCUGUUUCUUAAGACUGGUUGUAAAGGUAUUUUGCUAGUAAACAGAUAAUCAGGAAAGCCACAAACCAGUUAGAUUGGUAAAGAUGGUUUGUAUGCCCCAUGGCCAAGAGACAUCAGCACUCAGGAAGAAGGCUGUCCAAGCCAACAAUCUGGAAAGACUUUUAAAACAGUUCUUUCCAUUAAUAGAUUCCUUCCUAAGCACGGUAUGCGGCUACAUUCUCUCUGACCAGGGGUGCAUCUGGUUCCAUGAAUGAGCAGUGUAAAAAAUAAUGGUCACUAAUGGGGUAAUGUGUUAUCAUAAGCUCAGAAAAUAAAUGUCAGGUCUCUGUCUCAGCAUGUUUUAGGCAUGCUGAGAUGAUAACACAGCGAGGAGUUAAUCCUGGAGACUGAGGCAGCAUGCUUUCUCUGAAAGUGGCUUCUGCGACAGCAGCACAGUGAAAAGCAACUGAGCCUUUGACAUCCCCAGCACUACGGUGUGCUCAUAGAAGGAGGUAGCUCUGGUUUUUUAUAUGAUGCUUGGUGGCAUCAUCUCCUAAAAAUACUUAUCCCCAAGAUUAAAUUUUCACUAAAUAUUUUGUAGACAAAAUUUUGAUAUAACUCCUUUAAUAAAUGGUCCAUAUUAUUUCAAGUUCCUUAUCUUGAACUUUUCUGAUUAACCCUGAAUUCUUUCUCUUUAUUGUUGUAUUUCUAACACAUAUUUUAUAUCCUCAUGACACACUGAUCCUAGCUUUUGAUUGUUACUUUAAAAUCCACUAGAAUAUCCUAGAAUAGCUUAUGUCAUGUCAUUUGUACAGUUUCAUCCAGCCAGUGCUUUUGUCUCCCCCUUGGAUGCAGCCUGUCUGGAUAAUUUUUCCACCUACCUUGCUGGGCACUAGGUAGCCUGUCCCACAGACAGCAGGUCACGCUGUCUCCCAAGAAGCUCUCCUUGAACUUCCUUCCCACCGGUAGUGGCUGUUCCCUCCUCUGUGCUCCUCAUGUACUUGUUACCCUUACUCAGUUGGGCUCUUGUCUUAUUGCUUUCCAGAGGCUAGGGGCAUUACCUUGUUUGUCUUUUUAUCCUCUGUAGAUCUGUUUAGCAUAGUGUUUUCUUGCACUUAGCAAGCAUUGAUAAAUAUUUUAGUUGAAAAA